CUGGGAUUAAAGGACGCUGGGAUUAUAGGACCGCUGGGAUUAAAGGACGAACUAUAAUUAGUAUAUUUAUCAUUUUACCAGAAAGUGUUUUUGUGAAUAUUAAAACAGAGCAGCAUCAGCAGCAGGAAAGUCACUACGUCUGAUUCUGAUUCUUGUCUGUGUUUCCAGAUAAAGAACAUUUUGGGAGAAAUGGGAUCGUGCGUAUCGAAAAGCUCUUCCCACACACCCGAAACAAACUCGUCAGAAACACCUUUAUUCACAAACACAAUCUACAGAAUCCCAGCUCUAAUCUACAUUAACCAUGACCAAACUCUUCUUGCUUUUGCCGAGAAGCGAACAUCAUUAAAUGACGCCGACGCCACGCUCCUGGUCAUGAGGAGGGGAACGCAGCAGAACGGGUCCGUUCAGUGGUCAUCUGUUCAGGAGCUUACGACAGCUAGACUGGAUAAAUAUCGUACCAUGAACCCGUGUCCAGUCUAUGAGAGACAGUCCAAGACGGUCUUCCUGUUCUUUAACUGUGUGUUCGGUAAAGUCAGUGAGCGAGAUCAGAUUUCCAAGCGUAAGAAUCAGGCCCGGUUGUGUCACGUUACUAGCAGGGACAGCGGGCAGACUUGGAGCGACGUGACGGACUUGACAGAAAGUGUGAUUGGAAAUGAGAUGAAGAAUUGGGCCACGUUCAGUGUCAGCCCUGGGCACGGCAUUCAAAUGAACGAUGGCAGACUCAUCAUUCCUGCUUAUGUUUAUUAUAUUCACUGUUUAGUUGUAAAACCUUACGCCUUUGCGUUCUACAGUGACGAUGGCGGGGCCACGUGGCACUAUGGACGGAGAGUGAGCGUCCAGUCCACCGAGUGUCAGAUGGCGGAGAUCACUAAAGACGAUGGCAAAAGUUCCUUAUACUGUAACGCCAGAGGAAAUAAGUCAUGUCAGAACCAUAGAGUCGAGGCUGUGAGUAAGAAUCGUGGGGUGGAUUUUGAGACCUUUAGCCAGAAGCUGGUAGAGCUCCCGUAUGGCUGCCAGGGUAGCGUGGUGAGCUUUCAACAUGGCGGGAAGACUUGCCUCCUUUUCUCCCAUACAACUGACAAGAAGAAGAGGAAAGAUCUCGGGGUUUAUUUGAACAUGACCCCUGAUAAAGUCUCUGGUUGGAAGAAACCACACAUCAUCAACCCCGGCGUCAGCGGAUACUCAGACAUGACUCGGCGAGGUGAGGAAGAAGAACGCUUUGCUUGCCUCAUGGAACGUGGGACGACGGACCUUGAAGAAAUAGCCUUCAAGGAGUUUUCUCUCCACGAGAUCAUGAACAAUUAGCUAUAUUUACACACAUGGUAAUAACCUGAAUUAAAAACUAAUCUAAUAUACACCUGAAACAGAACAGAAUACAUGCCCAGACAUAUGAAGAAUUCGGGGGAUUAUCCUCACGUGUAAGUACUUACCAGAAAUUACCUCUCAGCAGCUUCCCGGACCAGCUUCUCCUGAUCUUCUCCACCAUUUUAGAUUGAUAGAUUAUUAGCAGCGUCACUGUCGUGCCACAUUCUCUCCACCUGUUGAGUAUUAUCUUUACAGUGUUCCAUGGUCUAUCCCAUGCCUUGGAGAUUUACUGUAACCCUGUCCUGAUUGAUAUUUUCCAUCAAUCAGACCCCGUACCUGCUCUGUAAGGUCUUUGAGGCCCAGGGCUUUUCCAGUCGGACGUUACCAAGAUGUCAGGACAGUCGUACAGGAACAGCUGGACUUUAUUUGAAGUUAAUCGGUCACUUUAAUUGAAGGCAGGUGAACACUAACUAGUAUUUAACAUGAGUUUGAAUGUGAUUGGUGGAUUCUGAACACUGCCUCGUUCCCAAUUAUAAAAGGGUGUGAACCUUUACAACUGCAAAAUCACUGUUCACUGAAACCUCAGUACCUGUUCUCCACCAGGUCCUGCUGCAGGUCUUCUGCCGUCACUCGAGGGUUUUUCACACCCUGCCUCGUCACGAAUCUGCGUGCAGCCGUCGAUCUCUUCCUGUUUCUGCCCCGUCCAGGUAUUUCAUUUAUUUUCUGCCCGAGCCAGUUCAGGUAUUUCAUCAUGUGUUCCAGCUCAAGCGCACCCGGUGCAGCUGAUGAAGCCCUUGAUUAGUUUAGCAUCAGGUGUGUCACCUGUGCUGCAUAUCUGUGCUGUCGGGAGGGAUUCUAUUCAGGGGGGUGAAUAAUUUCGAGACUGGAAUGCAAGUCAUUAUAAGUUGCAUUUUCAGUUCGUCGUCUCGAACUGUUUCCAUCGCGUUUGUUUGAUUCGUUCAUCGUUACAGCUGAAAGUCUGUACUGUUUAAUAAUAAACCUGAUUUGCAAUUGGGGCGC